AUGGCAGACUGCAAGGAUGGAGUUAAACACAACUUGAUUAACCAAAAUAUUAAAUUUGAAGAUAUAAUAGAAGAACUUGGAAGUUUUGGAAAGUUCCAAAUACGAAUGAACAUCAUCUUCAAUGGCAUCGCAGUAAUAUUUUCAACAAUGUCUUCAUACGCCAGGAUAAUUGCUCUGACGGUACCUGAACACUGGUGCCAUGUCCCAGGAAAGGAAGAUACAAAUUUAACUGCGGAAAUGUGGAAGAAUAUUACAAUACCAAGACAAGACGGAGAAUACAGUCGAUGCCUGAUGAAGACCCAAGGGGAAGAGAACGAAACUACACCCUGCUUGUAUGGCUGGGAGUACGACACCACGUGGCUGUUCCUUACUGCCGCUUCCCAGGAGGACUGGGUGUGCGAUAAGGAACUGUACCCAAAUACUGUGUAUUCCGUGAGCCUCUUCGUUUCCACCGCCAUUGGAGUUAUUCUCUUUUACAUUGGUGACAGGUACCUGCCUGAGUCACCACGAUGGCUGAUAAAUAAAGGACGCACAAAAGACGCUUGCGAGGUCCUGGAACGUAUAGCGCGCACAAACGGAAAAACUUUGUCUCCUGAUAUCACGAAAAAAAUUGAUACUCUUUGUCAACAAAGAACUUCGAAAAUGGGCUUUACAAUCAUCAUAACCAACAAAAAUCUCCUGAAAAAUACGAUUUUACUUGUGCUCAAUAGGUCAGCUGCUGCGUUUACUGUUUUCACCCUACUUUUCAGCAACAGUAAUUUCGGAGUGAAUCCAUUUGUUGCAUUCAUAGGAAAAGGAUCACUGCAACUAGUUGCAUUGUACGUGAGCCACGUUGUCGGAAACAAGUUCGGGAGACGGGUAACACAAUGUCUGGUGCUAAUGUCUAUUGGUUUCUUCUGCAUCAUUCUCGUAUUCUUAACCACAGGACAUUCAACCCAGUGGAUCAUAACUACAUUUUCGCUAUUGCUACUGUUUUGCUGCGAGUGUUCGUAUUCACUCUCAAACCUGCAGAGCUUGGAAUUACAUCCAACGAGUAUACGACAAAUAGGAAUCGCAAUUGAGUACGUCUUCGUUCAAUGCACUCUGACUGCUCCACCUCAUCUUGCUCACUUGGGGAAGACUUCUGGAAUGCAUAUCGUAUUCAGCGUGCUUGCAGCUGUGACACUGAUUAUGUCGGCUUUAAUGUCUUUCGUGCCGGAGUCAUUUAACGAGAAGCUCCCGGAGACAAAAAACGAUAUUUCACUCCUAGGAAAGAAUCAGAAGUACUGGGGUCUUCCUACCAGAAAGUAAAGGGGAUCGAGAAAAUAUUACUGAGCAGAACUGGAGCUGUGGACAUGAUCCUGCAAAAGUCUGGAGAAACGAAAUACUGUGAUGACAAAAGUAUAUAGGCGGUGUUCUUUAUUCUAACAGAAAUGAAAGCAAUUCCUUCCUGAAAUAAUGAUACGACCAUGAUUCAAGUGGUAUGAUGGUAAAGUGGUGAGGGAGACCAGUUACAUCUACAAAUGAAACAGAUA